AUGUGCUUGAAUACGACUCACCAAAUCGACUUGGCCAGAUUCGGUGGGGCUAUUAAGGUCCUCCGAGUCGAUGAGCCCAACAGGGCGUUUUACUACGAUGUCACCUUCUUCUUGGACCACCCGUACCUUGCAAAGGUCACGUCGCGAGGGAAGCCGCCAAUGCACUUCCAUCCAUUUCAAGAAGAGUAUAUCCAAGUAGUCGAGGGCACUCUAGGCGUUGAGGUGGAGACGACUGAGUACAGGUUGACGGCCAAAGACGGAGAAUUCUCAAUCGAUCCAUGGGCGAACCAUCGCCUUUAUCCCAUCAUGGACAAUGCCUUGGGUUCUGGCGCGGGAGACACGGUUGGCGCGAAAACAACAAGAUUUUUACUAUCCGGGGAAAAAUCGCGCCAAGCGUUCCAGCUCGACGAUGUUUUUUUUCAGAACUGGUAUGGCUAUCAGGACGAGGUCGUCAUGAACGGUGGAAAAUUCGAUGUCAUUCAGAUCAUGAAUAUGUUUGAUGCUGGCGGUUCGUAUCUAACGUUUCCUACGUGGAUACCAUUUAGCCGCAGAUUUGCACAGGUAACUGGCAUCAUUGUUGGUAGAUGGAUUGGCGGGCUGCUUGGGUACCAACCUUUCCACCGCAAAUGGACAAGCAACUGGCCCCUUGCAGUUAGAAAGAUGGGAACCACACUAUUCUUCUGUCGUUUCUUUUCGCAAACUGAAACAGAUUGA